GAAAUGUUCGCGAUUGUUAUGUCAACAACUUUCCUUCCUUUGAAUGCACCUUUCGCGACUAAUUCUUACAUGCCUUUGAAUUUCAGCGAUGUGUCAUUGUGAUUACGAGAAGUGAUGCAAGAGCAAAAAGAUAUGGAAACAAGACAUGCAAAUUAAGCUGGAAAACAAGAUGAAUAUUGAAGAAUGGGUGACAGCGAGGGAGAAAAAGUGCAAGAAUCUUCAGAAAGGCCCAGCAUGAAUAGUGGCCAAGAUUCUGGCAUAGACUCAUGCAAAGGACUUUCUAACAAUGAAAAUGGUAGUGCACAGGGCAAUGAAAAGUCAUUGUCUUCAGAAGGGAAAACCAAUCAGUAUGUUACGUCGACACCAAAGAAAGAGUUUAGAAUCCCUGGUAUCAGGGCUGAUCGGGCAAUUUUACCAAGUAAGAUGAUAUUGGAUGAUCCUCUUCUCUCCUCAAUUGAUGAUCCAGGAGACCUUACUGAACAUCAAGUGGAUAGUUUAGCCUCUGAUGAUGACUGUGAGGAUGUAUCAACAAAACUGUAUAAUACAAAAGUGAAAGUUGAUCUUGAUUCUCAAAGCAAGAGGAAUUCCAUAUUAUCACGAUUUAUGGAUGAUGUUUCGGCAAAACCCAAAAUGACAAGAAGCCGUUCUUUCACAGGACCAUUAAAGUCUGCCACAACUGAUGAACUUGAUGCUGAUUCAGUCAAGAAAAAUCUGUUUGAUAUACCUGUGAGUCCAAAAUUGAAGAGUAGAGUACGCCAGCGUCUCUACACAUUAGUUAAUUCAAUUGAUGGAUAUAAAGGAAAAGUCAGUAUUGAGGAGGAAGAAGAAAGGAAAAGGCUUUAUCAUUCAAAAACAUUUGGAUCAGUUUUAGAUUUACAAAAUGGAGUUUUAAAAGAGGGUAGUCACUUUUAUAAGGAUUUUCAUAUGUCAAGAAGUAAUGAAUCUUAUCCUGAUGCUAAGAUUCCUCUUUCUAGAGAUGCAAACUACAAUUGUCAUUGUAACCAGCAAAAACAUGAAGAGGUAAGUAUCCAAGAUAAACAAGGACAUACCUUAUGUCUGAACCAGAGCCAUAUUUCUUCUCUAAAUAAUACCAUAAGUGAAAGAUAUGGAAAUGCUAUGUCAACCAUGCUAGAAACUCAGCUUCGUCAACUUCAUCUCCACCAAGAGCAAUUAAAUCAGGAAAAAUUGAGGUUUGCAUUGCAGAAGAAGGAUGAAGAAGCUAAUGCAAGGAUAUCCCUAUAUAGGGACAAACUUAAAGAAAUGGUUCAGGUUGUGGAAGAGUUAGAAUCCAAAAUGAAAGACCUUGAGAUGAAGAAAGGGAAGGAGAUUCGAGUGUAUGAAGAUAAAUUAAGAUAUCAAGAAGAAAGACAUAAGGAAGCUUUGUCUUUGUUACAUUUAGAGUGUGAAAAGAAGGUGCAUGAAGCAGAAAGUAGAGUAUCAGCUGCUCGUGAGGAAGCUGCAAAAAACUUUGAUACGAAAGUUAUGGAUUUAUUGUCAGAAAACAGAAAACGAGUUGAGCUAGUGGAGAAGGAACAUCAGACACAUAUAAUGCAAAUGAAUGCUGUAAUUAGUAAAUUAAGGGCAGAGAAAAGAGAAACAGAAUUGUUUCUAGAGAAAAGAAAUUCAAAGGAGGAAAAUGAGCAACUGAUCUUAAAUCUUGAGGAAGUAUCAAAGGAAAAGGAUGCCCUCAAACAUGAAGUAGAAGAACUAAGAAACAGGUUGAAACCAGCAAGUGAUAUUGAGCAGAGGAUAUCAGAUCAAGAGAAGUGCAUUUCAACCCUACAGCUAGAUAAGAGAAGGCAGGAAGAAGAGAUGAAGAUAUGGAAAGCAGAAUCUGAAAAGUGGCAGAAAAAAUUCUAUAGUGUAGAAGCAGAUCAACAGAGGAUGCUUGAUAAAGCUCUUCAGGAACUUCAGAUGUUAUCACAGAAAGAGACUGAAAAAAUACAGAAAGAGAAUAAUGAAGAGAGAAAAAGGUUGAAUGAGAUGAUAAUGCUUCUUCAGGAAAAACUGUCAGAAGCACUAACAAGGAGUGCAAAUUUUGAGAAACAAAGCAAUCAGCUGAGAAAUAUUAAUAAACAACAAAAGGAAUAUGUAAGUUCAAUCCAGGCUUUGGAAAAGGAAGUCAUCUCCCUAAAGGCUAAGCUUGAGGAGUCUGAUUAUACUAUUAGACAAGAGAAGAAAAGUCUCCAGAGGCUGCAACAAAGACAUGCAGAGGAAAUAGUAGAACUACAGAUGUAUCACAAGCAAGAGAUCUUGAAACAUCAGCUGACGUUAGAAAAGGAAAGAUCCUUUGCUGUUUCUGAGGCAUUAACACGUCGACAGGAGGAGACCCGAACACUUCUCAGUGAGAUGGAGACAAGGUAUCAGGAGUUACUGGAGAGUGUUCAGGAAUAUAGUCAUGCUCAGAUUGAAGAAUAUAAAAAGGCUGUGAGGAUUCUCAAACAAAAACUGAAGCAGUCUGGAGAAGGGGAAAGUACCUAGCUUUUAAAAAUAAACUGCAUAUUGCUUUAUUGUUUAUAGCUUUAAAAUCUUAACAUGUAUAUAGC